CUGGCUGGCUAACGGGCUGAAAGUACCAGAUGCUUUUCCAGCGGAGAAGAAGAACGGGCUCGAGUAAGCGAGAGAGGGUGAUGGCUUCUCGUUUUCCUGACGGAUAACGAUAGUCCUUCUCUUUAAAAAAAAGUGAGGGGGGACUUUGCUUUGCUUCUUCUGCACCUCCGUUUGUGUGACAUUGCGUCUGAAAUGUUAGCGCAGUCGUGCUUUCGGCCGUCGAGCAGCUUCUGGGCCGCAGCUCGGCACACCGAGCCCGAAUCUGGGAAGUAGCUAGCUAGCUGCCUGCUAGCUGCAGCCGUGCCCGAUGCUGCUGCUGCUGCUGUUAAACCGAUCCGAAAGACAACAAAAGCGGUUCAGGACCCCGGCGCCGAGUGAGCUAUUGUUUUACCUUACUGGACUACAGUGUGUGGCAUUUGAGAUGUGAUGCUCUUUGUGGCUGGAGGCUCUCGCUUGCUUGACGCGAAGGAGCUAACAUUGCUGCAAAAUGCACAGCAGAACCACAACAGCAAGCUCGUGUUGAAGGGGGCGAGGUUAGACUGAUAACAGCCCACCCUGAGGCUCACAAUUUGGACACCGACCACCACCACAUCCCCCCCAUCGUCAUUCACCGCUUCCUUAGCUGGCGAUAUGGAUAAACUGACGAUCAUUUCAGGGUGCCUGUUUCUGGCAGCAGAUAUCUUUGCAAUAGCCAGCAUUGCAAACCCAGACUGGAUCAACACCGGUGAAUCAGCAGGUGCCCUCACAGUCGGACUAGUCCGGCAAUGUCAGACCAUCCACGGACGAGACCGGACCUGUAUUCCGCCGCGGCUUCCUCCAGAGUGGGUCACCACACUUUUCUUCAUUAUCAUGGGUAUCAUCUCCCUCACAGUCACUUGUGGACUGCUUGUGGCAUCGCACUGGCGCAGAGAAGCCACCAAAUAUGCCCGCUGGAUCGCCUUCACUGGCAUGAUCCUGUUCUGCAUGGCGGCGCUCAUCUUCCCCAUAGGCUUCUAUAUAAAUGAGGUGGGAGGCCAGCCGUACAAGCUGCCCAACAACACGGUGGUCGGCUCCUCGUACGUGCUGUUUGUCCUCUCCAUCUUCUUCACCAUAGUAGGACUGCUAUUUGCAGGCAAAGUUUGCCUCCCAGGCUGAGGACUUGACCACGCCUGCCUCUGGACUGACACGGGAGGCUCUGAGAAAUGUAUGGGAUUUACAAAACACACAAAGACUGAAAAUCAAAAAACAACAAACUCUGGCCGGAAGCCUGAAACAGGGAAGUCUUUGAUUACAUGUCAAGUGGACCGCAGCACCACGGAGUACCUACUACUACUAAAAGAGGAAAACGAAUAAACGAACAAAACACUAAAGGGGGAGAUGUGGGCACAAAGUGGUGGAGGAGUGUGAGAGAGGGCAGCUGAGGCUGUUGCAGCACCCCGCUACUGUUGAUUUAAAAUAUGGCCGUCUCUCUGUUGUUGUUCUAUUGGAAAGGGUGCUUAAUGUGCUGCUGUCAUGGCAACCGCAGGCACAACGCUGGCACACAGUUCUUGAGGACCACUACAGCCAGUCCUCAACUUGACUCCCAGCCGCCCGCCCCCCCACCCUCAGCACACAUCCGCGUCGUCACGACCGCUCCUGUUGCUAUUUUUGGCUUCUCUUUGCUAUUUCAGUUGUGUGUUUUUCUGUUGCUGUACAUUUUCUGUUCUGUUUUUUUUUUCCAACCCCCCCCCUGCCUUUCCACUGAAGUAGUUUGAGUGUAAAUGAGGUUCACUGAACUGAACCCUUGAGGGGGAAGGGGGGUUUCUGCCAGCUUGGCUGUAGAGCAGGGUUUAUUCUCGCCUGUCACGUCACUAGGGCCCCAGGUGUGUGGUUGGGGAGAGCAGCUGUGUUCCCAGCUGUCUGAGCCAGCACACACACACUUCUGUGGACGAGAGGAAGGUGCAGGUGUGCCGCCUCUUUGUCUCCAACCAGCCGCAGCCCAGGAGCAGGUAGCAAGGAGGGGUGACCUCCCUGGGCUGCGAGCGCAUACCUUGUUCUCUGAGCCCAAGCAGAAUGGGAGGUCAGGCACCAUAAAGGAGAAUGCCACUCAAUGUGUAAGACCUUGCAUUAUGUUAUUUCUAUGCUAAACUAGAACAGCAGAAUAAGUAGUUGAGUGUAGACAGCUGUUUUGCUAAGCUUAGCCCAUGACACUGAUGCACAUCCUCUGCCAAUAAAUAGAAGACUGUGAAUUUAUAAUAUCCAUCUAAGCAUAAACACCUCCUGUAUUUGUAGUGAUAAUCUUAAUUCUGUAAAGUACAGCCACAAGUACUGUGGUGUUUUCAAAGGAUUUGUCAAAGAUGGUCAUCACUGUGGUGUGGGGGGGGGUGAGAUGGACUUGUAUAUUGCCAACUAUAGCAGACAGUAUUGACUUUUAUAAACGGAAGCUGUAGUCGCAUUAAGGUGUUAAAAUAACAUAUUUGAAUGCUGAUAAUUGGUGGUAUUCUCCUUUAAUGUUGGACAGUAAAUGAGCGAGCCAGGAGCAUUUUUUUUCUUGUGUUUGAAUGACGAUGAAGGCACUGGGACUGCAGGUCAGGUCCAUGCAUGGGGCUGUGCCUCAGUGUGCUGCUCUGGAGGUUUGUGAAUGUAAA